AUGCAAGCUGUAGGAUUAACAACCGAAGCUGCAUUCACAAACUAUAUGAGACGUACAGAAGGCUUUAGCCGUACUUCUGCUAUCAAGACUAUUGCUUAUUUUAUUCUCUCAAUCGAAUUACUUCUUUUAAUUCAGACUCUAGGACUUCCAUAUCUUGUUUCAUCAAUCAACGAUGUUAAGCUUGCAGCAUUGGAUUCAGCAAAAAGAAUGUAUAUUGUCGAAGCUUCAGGUUUUUCAAGAUUAAAUAGAUUUAUCAAAACACAAGUUACAUUUUAUCGCUCAAAUCUCAACAGUUUUAACUCAUCAAUCUCAAUAGUUCAAGAAUCAUCAGCAUUUUUGGGUUCAAAAAAGACAGAAUCACAACCAAUUUCAAAACAGCACAUAAUAGUUCCAUUUGCAAAAAAUCAAACAGAAGCAGCACCUAUCCAUAUUUUUUCUCUACCAUUCGUAAACUUUGAUAAGUUCAAAGCUGUUCUACAUAUUGAUUAUGAAGAUGGAAACCCUCUUAACUGCAGAUUCUCAUUGAUAUCAGUCGAUACGGCAUUCACCAUUGUCACUAUUACUCUCAGAAGCAUUUUAUUCCUUAUUUCAGUUCUUUUAUUUUUCAAAUUCCGAAAACUUCGGUUUACCAUUCAAGCAACAUCACUUGGAAACUGGUUGAUUAUCUUAAUUAUUUCAUGUGCCAUGCUUUCAACCAAUCCAUUCUACUUCGCUGACUUUUUCGUUUCAAAAUCUUUCAUCAAAAUCAUUGAUUCUUUCUUUACGCAAUCAUUCCUUGCAUUAAUUUAUUACGUAUCGUUCACUCAUAUACUUUUCAACGAUAAAAUCGGUGAAACUCCCUCAAGAUUUUAUGUUGCAAUCACAUCUUUCCCAUUUCACAUUCUCUGCUUAUUAUUCUUUGCUACAUACACUUAUGUUGUCAUUAUGAUUCACGAUGAGUCAAUGAUGGCCAGCUACAGCAUCUUUAAAUGGGCAUUUGUUCUCAGAAAAAUUUUAUUCGCAAUUUUAUUCGUUUGUCAGAUUGUUUUACAUAUAGUUAUGUACUUCAAGAACAGCGCAAUGUUUAGCGAUCCUGAUUUCAUGGUACAUUCGUUUUUAUCAAUAGUUUUUGUUGCCCAAAUGUUAUAUGUUCAAUCAAAGCUUUCUGAUGAAGUUUCCUGCUUCGGAAUGAACUCUUUUAUAACUGCAUACGCUGUUAUCUAUUCUUUGUUCUUUAUGUUCGUAAAUUGGCCGAUUGAAAAAGAUAAUGUCAUGGAAACAGAAGAUGUCAUGGAUAAUGAUGAUGUAGCUAUUGGAGAUUUGAUGGAUGAUGCUGAAGCUGAUAAUUCUGUUGUUAAACUUGAAGAUCCAGUUGAUCAAACUGAUCCUGUUCCAAGGAAUGAUAAUCCUGGACAGUAA